ACCGAGCCACCACCAGACGUGCGCUCGGAGCCCUUUCCCUCCCCUCAGCCUACAAGGAGGGACACGAAGAGGAGCAGGAAGAGAAGGAGGGUCCGUUUCACCCCGAGGGGCUGCGGCCUUCAGCGGCGAGGUGACGGGAGCUCCAUGCCGCCCGCCCACCGCGCUGACAGGAGCCUCGCGGCGCAUAGGACGUGGUGGGCAUCCUCUUCCUGGUGUCGGUGGCGGCCGCGCUGGAUUUCAAGUACCACCACGCCGAGGAGCUGGAGGCGUACCUGAAGAGAGUUCAUGCCACCUACCCCUCCCUCACCCACCUGCACAGCAUCGGGCGCUCGGUGGAAGACUGUUGGGAGAGAAAUCCUGCUCCAUUUGAUAGACUUCCUGGUGACCAGCUAUAGGCGGGACCCAGUUAUUACCCGGUUACUCAAUAAUACCCGGAUUCAUAUCAUGCCAACAAUGAAUCCUGAUGGAUUUGAAGCUACAAAGGUUCCUGACUGUUACUACACGCGAGGAAGGUACAAUAAGAACGGAGAAGAUCUGAACAGAAAUUUUCCUGAUGCCUUUGAACGUAACAACGCCAGCAUUCAGCCAGAGACUCAAGCAGUCAUGAGCUGGAUAAAAAAUGAGACAUUUGUUCUUUCAGCAAACUUGCAUGGGGGUGCCCUGGUUGCCAGCUACACCUUUGAUAAUGGCAACUCAGCUACAGGCUCUUUGGAAGGCUAUAGCAGGUCUCCAGAUGAUGAUGUCUUUAUCCAUUUGGCAAAAACCUAUUCUUUCAAUCAUGCCAGCAUGUACAAAGGGACUGGGUGUGACAACAGACAAACCUUUCCAGAUGGCAUUACCAACGGGUAUUCCUGGUACCAGCUGGAAGGUGGAAUGCAAGAUUACAACUACAUCUGGGGACAGUGCUUUGAAAUCACAUUGGAGCUGUCAUGCUGUAAAUAUCCUCCAGCAGACCAGCUGGAAAAGUUCUGGAGAGACAACAAAGCUGCUCUGAUCGAAUAUAUAAAGCAAGUACAUCUAGGUAUCAAGGGUCAAGUUACUGAUAAGAACGGGAAUCCUAUUCCCAACGCCAUUGUGGAAGCUCAAGGAAGGCCUCAUGUCUGCCCCUACAGAACAAAUGAACAAGGGGAGUACUUUCUUCUCCUUCUGCCUGGGACGUAUGUGAUCAAUGCUACUCUACCGGGAUUUAAAUCCAUCCUGAAGACAGUGGAAAUACAUGACAACACUGGUAACUUCAGUGCUCUGAAACAAGACUUCACUUUCCCAGAAGUCUCUAUCAGGUCAAGUGCUGCUUCUUGUCCCAAAACUCCCCUCUACCAGGAGCUCCAAUGGGCUUCAGCUGCGGUAAAACCAACUUUCCAUGUCAUCUUGGUUUUAAUGACCGUUCUGCUUGUCAUCUUCCAAUAGCUGGGAAUGACAUGAGGUGGCAAGGCAACAUCUUCCUGCACAAAUGCGGUUGAAAUUCAGGCAUGGAGUUGUAUAUGCAAAAGAAUGUAUGUUUUUAUGAACCAAACUCUCAGAUUUACAGGCAUGUUUUUUGCAUUUUGUAAAAUACUGGCUCAACAAUCAAAUGUUUUACUUUAAUUACAAGACUAUCAUAUUUUCUACGUAUUUUACUCUAAAGACACCCUGUACAGCCUAUGGAGAUAACUGUAGAAUUGUGAUGCACAAAUACAGUCUGAAGAAUUUGCCCAAGUUUAAAAGAAGUCAUGGAUUGUCUGCAAAUGUUUCACACAAGCUCAGGCUCCUGUGUGAGCCGGCAGCUGCUGUGUGACCCAACUGAACUGAA